AUGUGCAUCGCUGGACUACAUGUAACCACCGCGCCCUGCUCCCACCGCUGGUACGAACUCAUCAGGCCCUGCGAUCCCUCCAGCAAUCUCGCCAACUGCACUGAAAAGCUGAAACUUCAAGGCUGGGAGAAUCGUCUUGAGAACUGUCCAUUCUGCGACGGCGCAGGGAACCAUCACCACUCGACCCACCGCCUCUUUGGCAGCACCUCGUCCGCCAGCUCCGUCUCUUCGUCACCAACGAUAUCAGAAAUGGGCAUGACUCCCGUCAUUUCAAACCGUAGAGGCAGCUGCGGCACCAUAAACAACGCCAUCGGCCUGCCCUCCAUGAGCCCUCUAUCGCGCCAAUCGAGCGGCUGCAGCAUCGAGGUCGACCGCUCACAACGCGCAAAGGACAUGAACGACCGCAUCAACAUCUACCUAUCUAGCGACCCGCACGAAGUCUUACCAUCCGCGAAGAAGAACUACCCGACCUACGCAGCAGCCAUCGCCCGGAUUGAAAGCAGUUCUCAAGAAUCCUCAUCUACCAACACCUCCCUCUUCCUCAAGCGACGAGGAUCCUUUUCCCGGGGCUGGAAACGCAUGUCGGGCAGAUUCAACUCCAGUCUCUUCAAAAUCGUUUGA